AUGGAUUUCUCCAAAACCUACUUACUCUUAGCCUCCACACUUCUCCAUGUUUUUCUGAAUGCGUGUGGCCAAGCUUCUAAUGUUGAUCCAGAAACCAAGACACUAGUGACUGUGUCUUCAUAUCUUCCCAAACCUUUUUACCGGGAGAUAAAAAGAAAGAUUUCAACCAGUCCCAAUUCUAAAGUAUCAUGGAAAACUCCUAUUAUUGAUUCACAUGCAACUUAUCUGAUCCCUACGAUAUCACAAAAGAUAAAAGUUCCAACCAGUCCAAAUCCUACAACAUCACGAGGAACUCCUUCUAUUGAUUCUUCAAAUGUAUAUUACUCACAAUGGGAGCAAAAGAGAAAAAUUCCAACGCGUUCGAAUCCUACAACGUCACUGGAAACUCCUCUUAUAGAUUUUUCAAAUACGUAUUACUCACACUGGGGGCAAAAAAGAGAGGUUCCAAGUGGUCCGAAUCCUAAAACGUCACCGGAAACUCCUUUUACAGAUUCUUCAAAUGUGUAUUACUCACAAUGGGAACAAAAGCAAAAGAGAGAGGUUUCAAGUGGUCCGGCUCCUACAACUUCACCAAGAACUCCUCCUAUAGAUUCUUUAAAUGUGUAUUACUCACAAUGGAGACAAAAGAGAGAGGUUGCAAGUGGUUCGAAUUCUAAAACUUCACCAGGAACUCCUGCUAUAGAUUCUUCAAAUGUGUAUUAUUCACAGUGGGGGCAAAAGAGAAAGGUUCCAAGUGGUCCAAAUCCUAGAACGUCACCGGAAACUCCUCCUAUAGAUUCUUCAAAUGUGUAUUACUCACAGUGGGGGCCAAAGAGAGAGGUUCCGAUGGGUUCGAAUCCUACAACAUCAUCGGAAACUCCUCUUAUUGAUUCUUCAAAUGUGUAUUACUCGCAAUGGGGGCAAAAGAGAAAGGUUCCAGGUGGUCCGAACCCUAUCCAUAACGGUUGCUGA